AUGUUCCCUUCAUGGCUAGAGUACUCUCCAACAAAUGAUGCUGCUUAUUGUUUGCUUUGUUACUUGUCUACUGAAAAACCAAAUGGGAAUCCUACAGCUGACGUCUUUACUAGAAAAGGAUUUAAAGCAUGGAGAAAAAUCAAUUCUGGAAAGUGUUGUGUUUUUCUUAAACAUAUUGGAGAGAGUCCUUGUUCAUCUCACAAUAAUGCAGUGAAAGCUUCUCAAGACUUGUUCAAUCAAUCUAUGAACAUCAGAUUUGCACUUAAUGAGCAAAGUUCCGAGCAAAUCCUCCAUAAUAGACUUCGUCUCAGGUGCUCUAUUGAUUCAGUUUGUUGCCUCACUUUUCAAGCUUGUGCUUUUAGAGGCCAUGACGAAAAACCUAGUUCAAAAAAUAGAGGUAACUUUCUUGAAAUGGUUAAACUGUUAGCAUCAUACAAUGAUGAACUUGCUAAAGUAGUGCUAGAGAAUGCUCCAUAUAACGGAAAGUAUACAUCUCAUGCAGUUCAAAAGGAACUUUUGCAAAUCAUGUCUUGUAAAGUGAAACACUACAUUCGGGAAGAGAUUGGAGAUUCUAAAUUUUGCAUAAUUGUUGACAAAUCGUGUGAUGAAUCUCUUAGGGAGCAAAUGGCUAUUAUUUUGAGGUUUGUGGAUAAACAUGGUUGCAUACAAGAACGAUUUUUUGAGCUUGUGCAUGUAGAUGACACCAUGGCUAUCACACUUAAAAAAGAAGUUUGUGAUGUUCUUUCUAUGCAUGGUCUUAAUGUUUCAGAUAUCCGCAGGCAAGGGUAUGAUGGUGCUAGUAAUACGAGGGGAGAAUGGAAUGGAUUGCAAGCAUUAUUUCUUAAAGAUUGUCCUUAUGAUUAUUACAUUCAUUGUUUUGCACAUAGACUACAACUUGCUUUGGUUGCUGCGUCUAGAGAAGUUUUCGCUAUUCAUGAUUUUUUUUCUCACUUGACUUUCAUUGUCAAUGUUGCAUGUUCCUCUACUAAGCGUAAUGAUGAAUUGCAAAAGGCCAUAUCAGCUGAGAUUAUUAAUUUGCUAGAGAUUGGUGAAAUUGAGAGUGGUAAAGGACAAAAUCAGAAAAGCAAUCAUAAACGAACUGGAGAUACUCGUUGGAGCUCAAAUUUUGGUUCUAUUUGUAGUAUGAUAAAUCUGCAUAAUCCAACUUGUGUAGUUCUUCAAGAAAUUAGGAAGACUGGAUCAAGUUAUACUACGCGUGGGGAUGCUAAUGUUGCUUAUAAACUUUUGAAAUCAUUUGAGUUCACAUUGAUUUUGCACAUCAUGAAAGAGAUUAUGGGAAUUACAGAUCGUCUUUGUCAAGCUUUGCAACAGAAAUCCAAAGAUAUACUUAAUGCUAUGCAAUUAGUCAGCUAUACAAAAACAUUAAUUCAGAAGUUGAGAGAUGAUGAGCGUGAAGGUCGCGCUCGUCAUCAAAUGGAUCACAUCACAGUGGGUCAGCAUUUUAGAGUGAAUCUCUUUUGUGUUACAAUUGAUCAACAAUUGCAGGAAUUGAAUCACAGGUUUUGUCCGGAAACAAUGGAGCUUUUAAUUCUAAGCAAUAGUUUGGUUCCUAAGGAUGUUUACAAAGCAUUUGAUAUAGAUAAUAUAUGUGCUCUUGUACAUAAAUUUUAUCCAUUAGAUUUCGGUGAGCAAGACAAAAAAAGUUUGAGAUAUCAUCUUCAUUACUUCCAUCUUGAUGUUGUUAGUCAUCCAGGUUUGAAUAAGUUGUCAACUAUGUCUGAAUUGUGUGAAGCUCUCAAAACGACAGGGAAGGCGGAUACACAUUACUUGGUUGAUCGUUUAAUCCGCCUUAUCUUAACUCUUCUGGUUUCUACAGCUACUACAGAAAGAUCAUUUUCAACAAUGAAGUUAAUCAAGACAAGAUUGCGUAACAAGAUGGAGGAUGAAUUUCUUGCUGACGGUAUGAUGCUUUAUAUUGAAAAAGAAAUAGUUGACCAAUUUAGUACUGAUUCAAUUAUUGACGAGUUCAAGUCUAAAAAAGACCGAACCGUUAAAUUUUAA